AUGAGUAUCAUUGAUAGAUUUAAAAGAAUUAGCUUGUUUAAUGCUACUUCAUCAGAAUGGAAACCAAUUCGUAUUACUAUAAAUUAUGACGCGUUAGAAGGAAAAGAUAAUGAUCCACUUUCGUGUCAAUAUAUUGGUCAGAAAAUAGAAAAUCCUAUUGAAGGAACUCAUAUUUGCGAAGAACAAGAUAUUCUUACAGAAAAACAAAUUUCAUCAAUCAAAGGCACAAUGACCAAUGUUGCAAAUUUCUUAUCCAACACACUUCAAGUUCAAUCUUUCUUAGAUCCGAUACCUAUCAUUUAUAGAAAAAUUAGACAAGUUUUUAAAAAUUCAGAUUUUAUAAUUUCAGUUUCUUCUAGGUAUUCGAACAGUUAUGCUGCCAUUGCAUUCCCAAUUCUUUUAGAUGAAAUAUAUUCACGACCAUAUUUUGCUACAAUUUAUUUCAAUCCGAAAUUUACUCCAAAUAAACCUGUUAAUGAAGAUGAUUGGAACAAUGAAUUCUUUUAUGCAGUUUUACACGAAAUCACACAUGCUCUUGGUUUUGAUAAAGAUUUUUAUAGUUUUUAUCAUCCACGUGAAGAUCCUAAACCUUAUAAGAAACCUACUUGUCGAUUAAAAAAGUACGGAAAAAACUAUACUUUUCUUGUUACACCUUAUUCUCAUAUUUUUGCAAAGAAAAGAUUUGGUGUUGAAACAUUUAGAGGUGAUAAUGGAAAAACAUGUCCAUCAGGCAUUGAAUUAGAAGAUGGCGAUACCGGAGAAACAUCAAGUUCUCAUUUAAAACUAAGAACUUAUAACACGGAAUUUAUGACAUGCGACGAAGUUGGUUCACCAGGCCCGUUUUUCAGAUUCACCGAUGCAACAAUGGCAGUAUUAAUGGAUACUGGAAAUUAUAAAGUAAACUAA